CGUGAGAGAGUGCUUCCGUAGGUCCCCCCUGCCCUGCCCCCUCACCCGGAUGACGAAUCACGCGGCGAGCGCGCGAGCAACGUCACACGCUUGACUGCGGCGGAGAGUGUGGGUUCAUCAUUAGGAGGCGAGAGACUGGAGCUGACAGCACGCCCUCAAGUCUUGUGCGAACGGAGAAAGAGUUCUAAUUCGUGUUGUGCAACCCCCUACACCCCAUGCUUUGAUGCUGGCAGGCUGGCCGGCUGGCUGGCAGGCUCCUUACCAGCACGUGUCGUCGAGAGUUGUCUGCCGCUGUCUGCCAGGUGAGGAGGAGACGCUGAUUUACAGAGACCAUGAACGUUUGACUUCGGGCAGUCUACUGCCUCAACUGUAAACAUCGGACCACAUUCAUCGUCGUCGUCGUCGUCUGGAUCUUCUGGUUGUUCGCUGGAAACAGUCUGGCGUUUAUUUUGCCCACUGAAACAUUGUAAAACCAGACAAGGUUGGGAUAAUAUCUGUGGUUCAUCGGUCGUGUGAGUGUGAGCAGGUUAUCAGCAACCAAUCCUCUGUCUUCUGGAGCCUGGUACGGAGUACAUCGCCAUCGACAGGAACAAAGGAGAGAGAGAAAGAAAAAAAAAGCCAUUAACUUCUGUGUGUUGCUUUAACGCUCUGCAGUCUUUUAUGCAUGAAAACCAAGGCUGAGUCGAUGAAAAUAUUUCGUGUGCCAGGGGAUUAAACAAACGAGAGGGUGAGCCUUGGAUUCAACCCUCCCAGGACAAGUCAAGUUAAUGUAAACCGUGAGCACCCUACAUCGCUGUUUUCGCGAACAGUCUCGGAUAGUCAUCGUCGACUGAGGACGCCACCGCACUAGAGGUCGCUGCAGCAGCUAGCGAUGGCGUUCCUGAAGUUCUGGGGCAAGAAGGGCAAAGGCAGGGAUGAUGCGGACUUCAAGAAGGACGAGGCCCUGGCGGACCCUGAGGCCGAGAAGCGGCGUCUCCGCCACUCGCUGUCCAUCUCCAGGUCCGGACGCUUCAAACAGAAGAAGAGAGAACGAUGUGGGAUUCUGGACAAGCCUGACCUGUACGGCGCUGAGCAGGACGACAAAGAACAGUCGGGGUACAGCGAGACCAGCUCCUCCACGUCCACCAGCUCGGCCAUGUCCAGCAGCUCCAAGACAACGUCCAGCAGUUCUAGGUCGCCCAAGACGUACCAUCACGAGGCUCAUGGCCGACAGGAAGCGCGUCACGCGGGCUCCUCCAUAGUCACGUGACGACCCUGCUGUUUUCAGACAGAAAGAAAAGCAGUGUAACUGAGGGAGUGAGGCUGCAAGCGGAUGAUUAGACGAACAGUUGAAGUCCUCUCUCCAAAGACGCUUCUGAGUAUUGUUGAACAGAUUUCACUGUGGCGCCAACAAGAACCUGAACCUGGUGUAAAUAUUUUUAUGUUAACAAUCCGGUGGUGAUCAAGGAAUAGAAGGUGUCCACACACACACACAAACACUAAACUGAGACUGGGCUAUAGGUCUGUCAUUAGAUAUCCUAGAUGCUGCUGUUUGCAUAUCCGUUUCAUUGAGACUGCGGGAUAUGGGCAAAAAAAAAAGCGGUUGUAAAUAUUUGUACGGAAAAUAUUGUAAGAUUUUUAAGAAUAUAUAUAAAUUAUGAGCUUUGGUGCGCUAACACGUGUAAAUAGGAUAAGAAAAUUAUUUUAGUAAAUGCAUGUCUGCUGUUCAGCGUCUAAACACAUGCAAUCAGUCUUACUUGAUUGGGUUGACUUCUUCGCAAAGGUUUCUUUCAGCCAUCGCUCAUUUCUUUCCGAAAAAAAACUGUUUCUUACACCUUUUUUGUUUUUUUCCACCUCCACCAACCCACCAUACCAACAUUCCCACCCGCCUUCACCACUACCCACAAUUGCAGAAUUAGUUUGCAUUCAAAAUAUUGCAAGAUGAAAUGUUCUAAAGAACGAAGAAGACAGUUUUCCUCCAAGAAGACUGGUAAAAAAAGGAGCAAAGCUUGGGUCAAAGAAAGUUUACCCUUUCUUUCACGUGCGAAUUAAUUUCUGUGGCACCAUUGUAAAAGAAGAAAUGAUUAGUCUGGAAAUAUCGAAGGAAAACAAAUUAUCUGUACUAAUUAUUAUUAUCUUUAUUCUUGAGGAGGUGGUCGUGCCCUUUCUUAACCAUCAUUACAUUGAUUACUUCCGCCGUUGAGAACGGCAAUGUCUCAGAAAACACAUUAGAAGAUGUCCGUAUGACUGCUCACCAGAAUAAUAACAUUAGAUCGAUGCACCUCUUCACCUUGCUGAAGACUUCAAGAUAAGGGUGUUGGCCAUACAGUCUUUGAAUUCUAGAAAAAUAUCUAAAUAAUGGAAAGAAAAUGAGUAAUGAAGAAGAAUAUAUUGACGGAAAUACGUAGUUAUAAACUGGCAAAUUCAUUACCCUAAGUGGCAAUGAUUACCCGAAAGGUGGGCAGUCUAGCUAUCUACCUGUAAUAAAAGAAAAGGACAUAAGAUAAGAAGAUCUGGGAGCUUGUGUGAAGGAGAGUGUAUCACUAAUUAAAUGACAGAAAAUUGGAUUCAGAAGUAUGCAACUGGCAUGAUACUGAAUCUUCUUUUUAAGUGUCAUUGUCACAUUUUUUCACUUAUGACAAAGCUGAAAUUGAGGACGAUUGCUCAGAAAGUGUGUUCCGAGGACCAACCACCAAAGAAGUUUCGCGAACAUUAGGCCACGUGUUUGGUUGAGAUGCCUACAGGAGACAAUGACAGGACUGACCUCUUGUCUAGGAAGGUCUCUCGACCCCGUGGGAUGCUUUCCUCGCUCAUCCUAUCCUGGCAUGACCGUUGCCUAGCAACACCAGUGAUGACAGAAAUGAUUGAACUCUUGGGUCCAGAAACUGUUCCGGUGACUUGUGACAUGGCGCUUUGGCGAAUUGUCCUCUUUUUUAUUUUUAUUUGAACAUUGAACUUUUUUGUGAUAAAUGAUGGACAUUUGUGAAUAGUCAGAGCUUGGGAAUUUUUGUGUUUUAAAGACCACAGUUAGUCAGAUUGAUGCAUUGUUUUACAAAUUACCAUUAUUUUUAUGUUGUGUCGCGGCCUAUGGACGAACAUUUGUAACUGAUGGCUGCAUCGCCAGGGAACAUUGUCUGUCGACAGCUGGGGAAACAGUACAGGAUGCGUUUAUCAUUGUGUAGACAUGACAGCCUGUUGCCAUCUAGAACCUUCUGCUGCUCACGGCUAUCGUCCACCAAUCUCGCAUUUUUCUUGUCCUGAGACAGUGGACCUUAACCCACUAACACGCUCUUCGUGGUUAAUUAACCUAUAUUAGAGAUCGAAAUUUUGGGAGCUAUUUCUUUUCCUCUACACGUAAAACUUAGGAGCCAACUGAGAGUCAACUGAUUAAAAAAAAAAACAAAAAAAAACUAAAUCCUUCAUUGUCCAUCCAAAAGAUUUAUCCUUCGUAAUGCUGUUAUAAUGAGGCUGUUGAAGAGGUAACGAGGUCGCGACAGGUCACGGAGUGAGGAUUACAUACCUUGCAUUUUUGGGUAACUUGUUUAUUUAUGUAAAGCAUUACUUUAGUCUUGUGUGGAUUUGCUCCAUGUUAGUGUUCUGUUCAUGCUACUGCGAUAGAUGAUCUCUUCUGGCGUUUGUAUUACUACCACAGCGACAACUUCCUACUGUGUUGUUACUAGACUCUCACAAAACGCAUUAAACUGAUUUCAAGGA